GUUGUUCUGUAGGUGUAUGUAUUCCGUUUCGUGGUUCCAAGCAGUGUGUCAGGCUUUCGCGCCAAAACUUCUCCCACGCCACAACCAAGGCUGGGUCAUGGCUGCUGCUCGGCGUGCCUUCGCCGGCCUGAAGCCAGAAAACGUCUCUGGCUGGCGACUAUUCGACGCUAAGGACCAGCCUUCCUUCAGCCUUCUAGAAUCAAGGUUCUCGGUCGCCUGGCGUCAAGGCUGUCAGUGGUGCUGCAGGGGAAGGACAAGCCCAUCUACUCGCCUAGUGUGGAUAAGGGGGAUGUGUGCAUUGUGGUGAAUGCAGAUAAGAUAGCAGUGACGGGAGACAAGAUGCGGCAGAAGACAUACAGAUGGCACACAGGGUACAUAGGCGGGCUCAAGGAGCGCACCCUCAAGGACCAGAUGGCCAAGGAUCCGAAGGAGGUUCUCCGCAAGGCAGUGCUGCGCAUGCUGCCCCGCAACAGGCUGGCGGAUCCACGAAUGACGAAGCUGAGAAUAUUUGAGGGUGAGGGGCAUCCAUUUGGGGAGAUGCCAGUGCGGGAAGAGACGAUGCCUCUGAGGAAAGUGAGGGAGAUGCGGCCGAGGGAGAGACGGGCCGCUGAUAAAACCGCUCGUGCUGCUGCUUCUAAGGGCCAAAAUUCUGCUGUGCUAGAAGCAGAGGCAUAGGCGUGAAUUGUCGUAGGCAUAUGUAGGCUUCCCUUUGAACUGGACCUAGAGGAUUUAUUGUGUUACACCAUCUUUUCUAACUGGACACUCCUCAUUUAGUGCAGAUAGUGAGGGAGAUGAGUUUGGAGGAAGAGGUGAGACGGGCUGUUCAUAAACUCCCCAUGAGAGCCCCUUUUCAAUUGCCGUGGCUAAAGGCGUUGAAGCGGAAGGAUAUUCUAGAUAUGAAGAUUAUUGGAUUUUGUGCUAGUGUGAGGAAAUGGUACCGUAAACACCCGGAUAUAUUACCCUAGGCUCUUUUUUCGUAUACUACCUAGAAAGGGGGAUGAGUCUUGUAAGGAAACCUGAAAAUAAAUUACUCGGGUGUUU